UGUGCACGAGGUGCUCUCGUACGUUCUAAUGCACUUUCGUGUUCGCUGCUAGUAGUUGAGGCUCGAAAAUAGAUCUGUUGCGUUUUAUUAUUGUUCUCGCGGUCCCAUUGCCAGCGGCGUUCGUGUGCCAGCGAAGCUCGUUUUUUCUUGCUUGAAAAUGUGAUGCUAUGUCGAAGAGAGGACAAUGUUGGCGCAGAUUCGAGUGCUGCUGCUGGUGCUGGUGCUGCUCGUGCUCGGAGCAGUGUUCGCCGCCGACAAGCAGUUGCCUAGCGCCGCUGCCGAGCGAGGACUCGUGCCGAUCGUGCUGUUGAACGCCGACGCAGUUACAGAUCAGUACGAUGAGCGUCAAGCGCGCAUGCUCAGCGAGUCACCAAGAGCAAAAGCACGACGCGAAAGCAUUCUACGAAGUAUGCUGGCUGCUCGUCGUCGCAAGAUUUUACGUGAACGUACUACUGUCGAGACGACUGCAAUUAAAGCACAAAUGACAGCAACGUCGUCAAGUCGACGAUACUCGAUGAGACGGAAACCCGUUGUCAGAGAAAGUCCCAGUGGUAGUGAUUUACUCGAGAUGCAAGAGUCUCAGCACGGUGUCUACGUGACGGUACCCGAGCAGCAGUCCGUCAAUGAUACGCAGAUCGUUAUUGAAACUCUCGCUGAACGUGGCACUGGGUUGAAACGCAACAGCGGCACGUCGACUACGAAAGCGUCGCCGCAGCAACGUGGGGUGAACAGCGUGCUAGAACAGCAGCAGCAGCAGCAGCAGCAGCAGCAGCAGCAGCGUAGCAAGAAAAUCGUAGCGAUGUCCGCCUCUCUGUACAAUCAUUUUAAUCCGGUGGAGAGCAACAUCCCCAUCGAGGACAUGUCCCAGUUCCUGUAUUUCGGCCAGAAGCUAAGGGGAACCGGAAUGGGCAAAGACAGCAUGCCAGUGAGUGCCCCGCCGAAGAAACUGUUAGCAGGUCUCCAAGGUACGAUCGACGACGAGAUGAACAGCGUGGACCGCAGUAGCAGUGUCGUCAGUAGUAAGUCGACCAAGAUGCGUACGACAAGUUUGCGCGAGCACACAACGAAAGCAGCCUGUGCCGACAAAGCUGUCGCCGAAACGCGCACCAACAGCAUCAAUGCCACCGGGCUUGAGAAAAACGCUGGCAUUGGCGCAGCCUCCAACUUAAGGAUUGUCGUCACCGAGGUCGUCGCUACCACUGUCGCACAACCUACACCUAUGACCAGUAUUACGAGCAGUACCACCACUGCGACCAUCCCGACUACGGCCAGUACUGCAACCAAACAGUCGAUCUCUCCUACGGAAUCUACGGCACCGAGGAUCAAGCAACAGGAGCAGCACGUGACCGAGUCGACAACGGCGGCGGCGCGGCGAGCGUUGCGCAACUCGACCGGCGCGCUCGCCGCGGUCGCCUCCUCCUCCCCCUCCUUCUCCUCCCCCUCCUCCUCCCCCUCCUCAUCCUCCUCCUCCUCCUCCUCCUCUUUGCCUCAGCCGCAGCAGCAGCAGCAACUCAGCAGUGCCGGCGCGCCAGUCGAGCAAGCUGCACCACGCUCGCGCUCACAACAGCCAGGUUUCACUAUCAGGUGGACUGACGUAAGGAGCAAGAGGCGCAGGCUCGCCAAUAGACGACGUGAAAAGGCCGCCAGAAAUAUGGACGAGCCAUUGUCAACCACGAAUACUACUGGCAUUACGAUGGCUCCGCCGAUUUCUCCUGCUACGUCCGAGACUCUAGUCGAGUCGUCGAGCACGGCGACGAUCUCGACGACGACAUCGACGACAUCGACGACAACGACGACACCAACGUUGCAAGAAGAAAGCAAUACGAUGGACGAAGACGAUGUUACGACGGAAAUGCCAACCACGACAAUGAGAAUGCUGGACCCAUCCGAGGUGCAAAAGAUGUACAGAGCGGCAAGUACCAGCAGUAGUACGACGGAAGAAAUACCGGCGGCGACGACGACGACGACGACGACGACGACGACGACGACGACGACAACGACGACAUCGCUUGAUACGCUCAGCAGUAGCAGUCAGAGUCCCAAUAGGUCGCCCGAAGUACGCGCUAGGAACCUCGAGGACAAGGCCAAGGACGACGUGUUGCCGAUAAUGCAGCUCUACAAUACUUCGAAUAUGUUCAAUGCCAGUGACAGUUCCACGGCCAAGAGCACCACCACGAUCACCACGAUGUCGACGACAAUCACGACAACCACAACAGUUUUGCCUAGCCAAAUAGUGACCGAAGCUCCGACAACGACGAUCGCUGAACCACCAACGACAAUUUCCGCAAAUACAACAAAAUCGACGACGACGAGGCCAAGGCCGAGGACCACGAAAACUACAACGUCGACAACGAGCACGACGAGUAAGCCGGCACACGAACAUAAUAAUUCGGGUUACUAUCCGCUGGAGAUUGGCAACAGGACGUUUUACGAGCCGCCGGCUUUUGUGGCAAUCGGUGGACCUUUCGUUAACGCGAGUGAAGUGAUUUCGAGGCGACACAACGGUGAUACUUUAGCCAGCCAAGAGACUGUCGCUGUUGUCAGCUACAUACUCGCCACCCUCGUUGUCUUUCCCAUUGCCGUUGGCGUUGCACUUAUUCUCAGAAGACUGAUACUUAGGAAUCGUAAGGUGUUGGAGGAGUCGGACACGUCGUCGGAGAUAAGCUGCAGGAAGGAUGCGCUCAACCUUGAAACGGGAGACUUCAAGACGUCCAUAGAGAAGACUAUCACGAAGCUGCCGAGGAUACAGCACCUCUGCCACGAAGCGGAAAAACCGCCGCCGCCAGCACCGCCGCCGCCACCACCACCGCCUUCGUCGUCGCCGUCGUCGCCGUCGUCGUCGUCGACCUCGUCGUCGUCGUCGUCGUCGUCGUCGUCGUCGUCGUCGUCGACGUCGUCGUCCUCGUCGUCGUCGUCGCCGUCACAAGAAUCACGCUGGGAGUUUCCAAGAGACAAACUCAGGUUACAGACUGUCCUUGGAGAAGGCAAUUUUGGCCAGGUAUGGAAGGCGGAAGCGGAUGACCUGACGGGUCACCAGGGCCAAACGCGACUGGUGGCCGUGAAGACGGUCAAGGAGGGGGCUUCGGAACGCGAGAAAGAGGACCUCGUGCGCGAACUGGCCAUAAUGCAGCGAGUCGGUAGCCAUCCCAACGUGGUCACGCUCCUGGGCUGCUGCACCGAACAAGAGCCGCAUUACCUGAUAUUGGAGUAUGUGAUGUACGGCAAGUUGUUGGCCUACUUGAGGGAUCACCGUACCAGGCAAGAUUUCUACAACUUCAGCGAAGAUUCGGCUGCACUCACGUCCAGGGACCUUACUGUAUUUGGAUACUGCGUAGCUCGUGGAAUGGAAUAUCUCGCUUCCAAGAAGAUCAUCCAUCGCGACUUGGCCGCUCGCAACGUCCUCGUGGAUCACAACAAGCUCUGCAAGAUCGCCGACUUUGGUAUGUCGAGGUUCGCUGAUGAGAACGGCGAGGUGAUCGAGACGCGCCAUGGGCAACGUAACGCCCUGCCCAUUAGGUGGAUGGCACCCGAGUCCCUCAUCUACUCGCUCUUCACCACCAAGACGGAUGUUUGGAGCUUUGGCAUCCUUAUGUGGGAGAUCGUUACGCUCGGAUCAACGCCAUACCCGGACAUGACGGCUCGAGAAGUGAUGCGCAGCGUGCAAAGUGGCUACAGAUUAGAACGGCCGUCGCACUGUCGAGGCGAACUCUUCCGUGUGAUCGCGCGCUGCUGGCUCGCCGACCCCGACCGUAGGCCUGAGUUUGCACACCUCAGACGUGAUCUUGCUCAGCUACUCGAGGAUAACAUGAACGGACAUUACGUCGAUCUCGAGAGCUUUGCCUCUGAAUGCACCGAUUAGGUUUCGUCAAGAGAACACACCUACGGAUUCGUGCGCAUUGUUGAUUGAUCAAACAUUAUAAAAAUUUUAAGCAACUUGUUAUCGUGUGUGAUCAGUGUGCUGAAUCAUGAAAGUAUUCUCAAAUCUUCGUAUGUCGGACAGUCGGGGUGCACUUUUACACAGUCUCGUUUUCAUUUUUAUACUUACAGUUCUGAAAAGUCGUUGAGCAUUGUAUUAUACUUUAAUAAUAGAUGUAUUAAACGAUAAGGAUGAAGAAUCGUAAUACUUGCCGUUUUUUAAGCGAAAAUCCGACGUACCGUGCGUAAUGUUCAACCCCGAAAGUAAUUGUUAUUCCUGCGGAAAGAUAAGAUACCGAUCAAUUUUAAUAUUUGAGGCUGAAAAAACUGCAAUAUUUUUAUGAAUGAUGAAUCGAAAUUGCAAUUUAAUGCAGUACUUGCAAAAACAAUGUAAACGAAAUAUUUAUGAUAAAGAAAGCAAGUCGCCGCGUUGUAUAGAGUAAAUUUUCCAAAGAAAGGCAUUAAAACUCGUUGAAGAAAAAAAAUCAAUGUCAUGUGGGUGUUAAACUUAUCAAGAUGAGCUUGUCAGGAAUGUUUUUCUAUUGAAAUUAGCUUGUAAGUUAAAUAAUGUCGACAUCAGCGAUGUCUGCGCCAUUUUAUCAAGCUCUUCAUGCCCGACACGUGUAUUUUUAUGUAUUUAUUGGCCGGCGAAGGUGCAACACUUUCAACUUAGAAUCUAGAUCGUACGGGAAACUUGUGUUUCGUUAAUUUUUCUACGUUCUUCGUCAUAAUGUGCUCCUUUUACGACCAAAACAAAUAAAUAAAAAGAAAUAAAAAACUUAAAAUAUUAAAAAAAUAAAAAAUAAAAAUAAAAAAUAAAAUAAAAUAAAAGUUUGUACAUAAUCCACGUUAUUCGCACGUCCAAGUUCCACUGGGAAUUGCCACAUAAAAAUUGAACGUUACAUCAAGUAUUGCAUCAGAAUUGGAAGUUUAAAUAAUGAAAAUGUGAAUGUCAUAAAGUAGAUAGUGUUUUGUUAUUAUUGAGAGAAAAUUGAUGAAUUGAAAAAGAAUAAAUGGACGUUUUGCUCUCUGAUGGUUGUGAUGUAAUUUGCAAUGCAAGCCGCGAUUCUAGUGGAACAAUCCAAGUUGCGCAUGUGAGCAGAGCACGUCUGCGAUGUUAUAAUCAAACACGUAUCGUCAGAAAACAAAUGAUCGUUGAGUAUGCAUCGAGGAUUUGCCGAUUUUCUGGCUGCGAGUAACACGCGUUUAAUUUUAAUGAUUCUAGUCUUUCCACGCAUCUGGGGCUGAAAUCAAGUCGCAUUUGUUUGUUUAUUUGCCUUUUAACAAUCGUUAUUACGUUGAUGGAAGCUCCAAGUUUGUCAGUUGAUGUUUUGCUUAGUUUUUUACGCCAAUUUAUAAUAUCAUUCGAUUCUUGAUGUAACUCUGUAGAAAAAUUCACUGAAAGCUCAAAGCUCAACGUGCGAACGAUCAAUAAUCCGUCCAGGAAUAGAACUUAUUGUGAUUCGCGUACAGAUACGUAUGAAAAUCUUGUAAAAAAUAUACUUUACUUUAUAUACAAUUGUAUGUACUUAUUAUUAAGCCACUUUUUUGAGUAAACGUU